CACUGAUGUAAAUUGGUUCUUUUCUUUCGGUCUAGCCUUUAAAAAGCAUCGGAAAAAAAUUAAUUUAAUUCAGUUUACUACUCUACGUUGCAUUGAUCACAAGUAGAAAUGUCUAAGCCUUCAUUUAAAGUCGCUGAUAUCAAUCUUGCCGAAUUGGGCCGCAAAGAAAUCAUCAUUGCUGAAAAUGAGAUGCCUGGCUUGAUGGCUAUUCGUGAAAAGUAUGGACCAUUGAAGAUUUUAAAAGGCGCUAGAAUCGCUGGAUGUCUUCAUAUGACUGUCCAAACAGCUGUUUUGAUUGAAACUCUCACGGAACUUGGAGCUGAGGUUCAAUGGAGCAGCUGUAAUAUAUUCAGUACACAAGAUUCAGCAGCUGCAGCUAUUGCAAAGACUGGAGUUCCAGUUUAUGCAUGGAAAGGAGAGACUGAAGAAGAAUAUCUUUGGUGUAUUGAUCAGACACUCGUCUUUGCUGAUGGUCAACCAUUAAACAUGAUUUUAGACGAUGGUGGUGACUUGACAAAUCUUGUUCAUGAAAAGUAUCCUCAAUAUUUGGAAGGAAUUAAAGGAAUUAGUGAGGAAACAACAACUGGCGUACACAACCUUUACAAUAUGUUCAGAGAGAAUAAACUCAAAGUUCCAGCCAUUAAUGUCAACGAUUCAGUUACAAAGAGCAAAUUUGACAACCUUUACGGAUGCCGUGAAUCAUUACUUGAUGGAAUUAAGCGUGCAACUGAUGUCAUGAUUGCUGGAAAGGUUUGUGUCGUUGCUGGAUAUGGUGAUGUUGGCAAAGGAUGUGCACAAGCUUUAAGAUCAUUCGGCGGUAGGGUAAUAAUCACUGAGAUUGAUCCAAUUAAUGCAUUACAAGCAGCUAUGGAAGGAUAUGAAGUCACAACAAUGGAUGAAGCAUGCAGUGAGGGAAAUAUUUUUGUUACAACAACUGGAUGCACAGAUAUUAUUAUGGGAGAGCAUUUCGUUCAAAUGAAAGAUGAUUCUAUUGUCUGUAAUAUUGGACAUUUCGAUUGUGAAGUUAAUGUUGCAUGGUUGGACCAAAAUGCUAAGGAAAAGAUUAAUGUUAAGCCACAAGUUGACAGAUUCUUACUUCAAAAUGGACGUCACAUUAUUCUUCUUGCUGAGGGACGAUUAGUCAAUCUUGGCUGUGCUAAAGGACAUCCAUCAUUCGUUAUGUCAAAUUCAUUUUCAAAUCAAACACUUGCUCAAAUUGAGUUAUGGACAAAGGGCGAAAAAUAUCCAAUUGGAGUUCAUAUGUUACCAAAGAAGCUCGACGAAGAAGUUGCUGCUUUGCAUUUAGAGAAACUCGGCGUUAAACUUACAAAAUUGAGCGAUAAGCAAUCUAAAUAUUUGGGAUUGAGUCAAGAAGGUCCAUUCAAGCCUGAUUACUAUCGUUAUUAAAUUUAAAAUGUCACCAAGUAAACAAGUUUUUGUAUUUUAAGGUUGAAAGCUUGCAAGAAUGAAUUAAAUAAUUUUUUAAAGGCCACUAAUCCA